AUGAAUUUAAAACUCGUUGCUCUUCCAGCAAGAAUCAUUGUUGCACCACCACCCGUCCCUAAUGGUUCUACUCCUUCUGCUAUUAAAACCCGCAUGUGUAACAAAUUCAAUACUGUUGAAGGAUGCAAAUUUGGCGACAAGUGUCAUUUUGCAUUUUUUCCCAUGCAUGUUGAGUGGAGUAAGAUCCAGACGCCUACGGAUCAAGUAGUGGUGCCUUAUGACACUUUGGCACCAAUUCCUGAUGAUGGGGAGUGGAGAAACUGUUUGUUGAUUUGGUUCUUCAGAGGUGAAGAACCUCUUGGACAAGCUUGUGGUGUUGAAGCUCAAUGGAGGCUUGGGGACAACUAUGGGUUGUACUGGCCCAAACUCCUGGAAAUUGCCCAAGUCCUAGAUGACCAUGUCAGUGAAUUUAAGUCUAUAGAGAAAUUCAAAAUUUUCAACACAAAUAAUUUGUGGGUAAACUUAAAAGCAGUUAAAAGGCUUGUUGAAGCUGAUGCUCUGAAGAUGGAAAUUAUUCCCAAUCCAAAGGAAGUUGAUGGAGUAAAAGUUCUUCAACUGGAAAAUGCAGCUGGUGCAACAAUAAGGUUCUUUGACAAAGCUAUUGGAAUUAAUGUGCCUCGAUCCCGCUUCCUUCCCGUGAAGGCAACUUCAGACUUGCUUCUUGUCCAGUGGGACCUUUACACUUUACAAGAUGGAUUGGUUAUUAGGAACCAAGCUAGGGCAAAUCCUGAAAAUCCUUCCAUUGAAUUGGGGCCAGAAUUUAAGAAGGUUAGCUACUUCUUGAGCCGGUUCAAGUCAAUCCCCAGUAUUGUUGAGCUUGAUAGUCUAAAAGUGGCAGGGGAUGUAUGGUUUGGAGUUGGUGCAAUCCUUAAGUCAGAGUUGCGUGAUAGUACUUUAGGAGCUCAGAAAUCUCUGCAAAGAGUUCUUUUUUUCAAGAUUUGAACCCAUAACCUGGACACUGGGCUUAAUGUUGCGUGAAGCUCACUCUCACCCACAUACAGUCGAAAUGUUCUUUUGAAAAAUGUUUUGUUAAUUAUAAAAUUUUUCUAAUGUUGCUAGUAAAGUUAAUCACCAAGGAUGCCAUGAAAUUAUUUAUUGAUUUCCAAACUAACCAUGUUCAUUUUUAGUACUAGGCUCCCUGUUAAUAAUUUAUUUUGUCUUCCAUGUUUUUUAUGAGUCAAGGUAUAAUUUAUCAAAAUCUUAUUAUUUGGCUUUUUGACAUUUAUCAACUGUUAUGUCUGGUGCCUUAACAGGGUAAAGUAAGUAUUCUUGCAAAACCUGGUGUGAAGCAGGAAAUACCUGACGGAGCUGUGAUCACAAACAAGGAAAUUAAUGGCCCUGAGGACCUCUGAGGAAGCUUAUGAGUUUUGAAAUCCAUGUGACUGCAAUCUUGAGUCUUGACAGUCUUCAACUAAAAUUUGUGUAUUGCUUCUAGUUUGGUAGGGGUAAAAAUAAGAAUUUGUUUCUCCUUAUAACAAUUUGUUUAUUGGUUAAUUCCUACACUAAAAACUUAUUAAAUUGUACUAAUUUGGUCUAUGCCA